AUGACAGACCAAAACAAGCCAAUCCGGUCGUAUCGCCUUGGAAAUAAAACAAUCGUUUCAAGUCAGUUCAAAAGCCAGCGUCCUAUCAAGGUGAAGGGCUUCACAAGUCUUCGGUCCUACUGGGAAUCGAUAGCUGCCAAAGGCGCUCCUCUCGACGAUGAUGUCUUGAUUGCUAACGAACAGGACUAUGAAGCCUCUGAAACGACCCCUACUGGCGAGGAUGAAGGUCACUCCAGCGACCAAGGCAAGGUUGUAAAGAAGCGAAAGCUUCGUGGGAAAUAUCAAAAAUAUACAACACAGCAGUUGAAUAACAUGAUUGCUCAUAGGCUUAAUAAUCACAAGUCCAUUUCCGAAGCUGCAAGGUUGGAAGGAGUCUCCAUUCGGACAGCCUCCACCAUUUUCAGCAAAUUCCUUCAGGAUCCUGAGGGCCGUAUUCCUACAAAGGCAACUCAUAGGAAGCGAGGCCGUAAGCCAAAGCUGGAUCCAGAACACAUAAAGUUUAUAGUCGAGUCUAUCGAGAAGCAACCUCAGCUAUCUGUGUGUGAAGUAUGGGAGGCAUUACACAACCAUUUUGAUGGCCUUGACAUCUCCAAAACAACCAUCCUGAAACACAUGCACGAGCAGUACAGAUUCACCUUCCAGUGGGUCAAAAGCCAAAUCGAAAGCUCUCCAAUUGACUCUGAAAUCCUUGAAGAGAGGAUGAAUUGGGCUACGGAGUGGCAAGCACGCGCUGAGGAAUUUAGAUCCCAUACAGUGUUUGUAGAUGAAACAUGGUUCAGUCACCAAAAAAAUCGUGGAUACGGUUGGUCUCGCAAAAGAGAGCCAGCGUCAGUCAAACCUACCAACAAAGGAUUCAUCAUUACAGUCAUGGGUGCCAUUAGUGCUAUGGGCGUCCUUGGCCUCUAUGUCAAGAUACCACAAGUAUCCCAGGCACCGCCGGUUUCUAACGCACCCGCUCCUGUUGAUGGAGAUAUAGUAAACUUGAAGAACUUUAAGCAAUUUCUUGCUGAGCUGAUGGACAAGAUGGAUAGCAUGGAUAUGCAAGGCUAUAAUAUUGUUCUUGACCCCGAACAUGUCCACAAAAUUAACGAAAUUAAGGACAUGGCCACUGACCGUGGCUACAAGCUCGUUUACUUACCACGCUGUUCAUCAUUCUUAAACCCGAUCGAGAGAUUCUGGUCCAAGCUAGAGACAUGCUAUGAUCGAAGCGUAGCUGGUGAAGAGAGUGUAGUAUCUCGAGUGGACAUGGCUUCACGUCACGUUACUGUGGAAGACCUAGGUGCCUGGGUUGAUCAUUCAAUAUGCUUGUUCCCUAAAUGUAUAAACAGGGAGCUGCACCCGCAAUGCACCUGCCUGAAAUAAAGC